AUUAUGAAGCCACAAGGAGCUAAAUAUUCCAGCAAUUUGAUUGACAUUUGCUUGCGCAAGUCAUAACUGUCAGUCGUGAAUAGUAUAGCAGAGGAGUUUGUGGCAUACAAACGCACAGAUUCAUCACAUCGUUUAUCAUUUCUAAUAGUAUUUCAUGUGAUGACUGGCCAUGAAAAUGUCUACACUUUACCGUUGAAGUGAUAUCUCUUCAUCGUCACUCCUCCUGGUGCAGCCAUAGGCCGAACAAGCAGGCAUAACAGGAAAAUGUUGAGGUGGGUAGACGUUAUUCACUAAGUACACCGUGCACACCUGAUAGAUCACAAUGCGGAGAGCGCGGACUGUUCAAGGAAAUGUUCCAAGAUAAGAUAACAAGGGAAAGGGUGCUGAAAUUUUGCCUCUUGAGAGAUUCUCAAGGCAUACCCAAGAGAGCAGUUAUGCCCAUUAAUCUCUUUGGUCGCAGCUUUUCACCUGGCAAGUCUCCUCCAAGAAGAUCCUUAUCUCUGUCAAGUUUAAGAAGAGAAUCAGACAAAUCAGGGCAAGAUUUAGCUCAUGAUUUUAGUAAGAUUAAAUUGAAUAUUUCUGGACAAAAUGCUACUUUUGAGGAUGGAGAGUGGAUAUCAGAGAGUGGACCAAGGGGGCGUGUCAGCAACCGUGAGGUGGCUCAUCUCCGUCAGCAAAAUCAGUCCUUGUUAGAGGAAAACAAUCUGCUGAAGCUGAAGGUGGAACUUUUACUUGAUAUGUUGACUGAAAAGUCUGCAGAUACCUUACUUAAGGAGAAAGAACUCAACCGAUUGAAAUCAAGAUGAUGUGGAAGGGUGAUGCUGAUGACAUCAGUUUAAUGAAUUUUAGCAGAGGGUAACUGUAGUCUUGCUUGGUCAUGAGUAUGUUCAACUCUACAGGCCACCUACUAAAGAGGGUGGGUAAGCCUGUCCUUGGGGGCCACACCAUGGGGUUCUCUUCACAACAGGCAUAUUGUUAGCAUUGCAAACCCAUUAUAUAAUAUUUCAACAAUACAGUAAAUAAUUGAAUUAAAUUUAAAGAGGGUGGAGUCAAAAGCUUUUCAUCACAUCAGUUACUCUUUUCUUAGACUGUGUUCUCUCGCUCAUUGCCACAAUGUUGCAUCAUCCUAUCUUCUACCAUAAUUUCCUUGGUUACUGCUCUUCUGAACUUGCUAACUGCAUGUGUCUCCUUCCAUGGUCUUGCUGUACAAGGCUUGCUGCUAAUUCCAAUCCCUAUUCUGUUCACCUUCCUAAUGCAGUAUUUAACCACUAUGUCCACUCUUUCGUCCCUCUUACUGGUAAACUCUAGAACUUUUUAUUUCAGUUUCCCCCUUCCCUCGACUCAAACUGUUUCAAAAGAACAGAUGAUCUCAAAAAAGCAAAUUGGCCUUUCUCUUGGUGGUUUUCUGAGGAUUUCCAGGUUAUUCUCCUGUUACUUAGCUACUUACACACUGAAGGAGGCCAAGCCAUACAGGGGACCUUUUCUUACUUGUACUGGUCACCAAAAAAAUAUCACAACUCCAGUAACAUGUAGUGGCAGCAAUGCAGAUACCACACAUUUAUUUUCCUACUUUACUUACUGUCAGAUUUCUUAAUGAAUGUUAUUAUUUUCAAGGACUUGGUGUCAGUACAUAUAAUUUAAACUUUAUUCCACUGACAAUGAUAAUGAUUUUAAUGUAAUAGAUGAAGAUAUCAGUAUUGAAGUACAAACUGUUUUGUGAAAGUAAAUAAAAAAAUUACAAAAGCU